UUUUUUUUCUUUCCUCUUUAGUUCAGUUCAGUUGUUCCAUUCUGUAUGCGACGGAUGCAUUGGAAUGAGAUACAACGUCCCCAGUUACCUACCUGCCACUCUCCCUGCCGGCCAGAUCGGCCACCCACCUUGGUCAGCAGUGUUACCAGCACCAUUCUCUCACUACACAGGGAAAACGGGUACCCUAUACAGGACGAAACAGACGGGACCCAGACGAGACGAAAGCAAAGACACCCGACGUCCCGGUCGCCCCGGCGACGAACCAGAUCUUCCGAGAUCCCCUCCCACACAGUCUUCCCCUUUCUCCCGGCGCCCUAUACCGUCUAAACCGUCUGUACGGAGCCAUCUCCUGAGCAAACAGCUUUGCGACCAGGUUGAAGCCCUUCGACAACCGGGUUCGCCUUCCCUUCCUUCUCCUUUUUCAUCCAUUGCGACAAUCCACGCCCUUGGUACAUCCGGAAGGGCUUUCAGCUCGCCAGCCACCCCCCGGCUUAGGUUCCAGUGCGCGGGUCCUCCAACUAGGUGGCUUCGAUCAGCCUGGCCAAGGAAGUGGGCGAGCAGGAACAGGAACAGGAACAGGAACCGACAGGACUGGUCACGUCAAGACAGGAACAAGAGAAUCAAAGACCACACAGCCAGACAGGGUUCCAUUGCCGCCAGCCGCCCCGUCAAACCGUGCGUGCGGUGCAUUUCCACUUCAGUUCAGUUGCAUGGAUCCCAUAUCCACUGCCAACCACUAUCCGGCAGGUCGUCAGCGUCCACUACAGCACUCCAAGCUGCAUCGCGUCGCAGACAAACCUCCUUCUUACAACUUUGACCUACCUCGCUCGACCUUGAUACCGGUACAUACUGCUGCUGCUGCUGCUGCUGCUGCUACACUACACGCUGCUUGUGUUGCUGUUACUGCUGCACAGACUUUAGCCUGACAGGCAGUUUGAAGCAAGCCUGCAUCCUCCCAUUUCGUCUUCGCCUCGGCUGCCCCACGCGCAUUCCCCCGGUUGCUCAACGUCCUCCUUCCGCCGUCAUUGUCUCCCAGUCCUGC